AUGAACGUGGGCGGCCUUGGGCUAUGUGUUGCGCGAUCAGCUGUCCUUGUAAGGCGCCAGCUUGAUCUUGUAAUACAAUAUCUGAGGAGUAAGAGUAACGAAGCGAGAGGGAUGUGAAAAUGAAAGUUUAGUCAGUUAAGGUUGUUGCAUCCAAGCCAAAGCUAGCUUAAAACAUUUGAAUCGGGUUAUAAAACAAUAACACGAAAAUUUAGAUCCUAGAGUUUAGCUACAGCACACUUCCAACAACUCACGUAAAAAGAUUGCACUUACCGCAUGUCUUUACUUGUAGCAGCUGACGUCAAGGCUACGUCCUUGGAACUCCAGCUCCUUCUAGGGGUAUAUCCUGUCCUUGUAGCGGCUCCUGUCCUUGGGUUGCGUGUUUAACUGACCUUGUGUUACACUUUCCCUUGUGUCCUUGCCCUAGUGUUUGUAGCGUUGCAUAAUCCACGUGAACUUCCAAACCAGCGCUACCUUGUCUUGACUGUACAAUUUGCAAUCGAAUCGCGAGCUACAUAUACGUAUAUGCGUAUAACGUUGCAUAAAAAUCUAACCCUGCUGAUUUCAGUGGAUACUAUGAAACUGGAGAAAUGUCCCAAUCCCACUGUCAGCUUAACUCUUCCCAAGUGCAUUGACACGAUGGCGUCGGAAUCCCCGUCCUGUUCAACGCCGUCCUCAUCGUCGUCCGGCGGAACGCCCACGAAUUACAUGCCCAAAGGGAUGGUAAACCCGACGUUGAUCAGCACAGUACAUGGCCAGAAUAUGAUCAGCUUGAUCAACAAUCGACCGGUCGAGAAUGGCGUCACAUAUGAUGACAACAAAGAGCCGUGUCCGGUUUGCGGCGACAAAGUUAGUGGAUAUCAUUAUGGUCUGUUGACCUGUGAAUCUUGCAAGGUAAGAGCUGAGUUUUCCAAUUGUGAUCUUUUGAGCGGUUAUGUUAACAUUUUUUCUAAAGUUUUGAAUAGUCUAGCUAGCUGGAGGAAACGGUUUGGGAAGCUAAGCCGAUUAGGAUGAAAAAACAAAUAGCUUAGAUGGAUUGUUGUCGCUUUUGCGAUUGCGUAGAUCAUGCUGAAGAUUUCUCGAUCGUGAUUAAUUAGGUUGCGUAAUGCAUUGACUCUUAUCCCAAAUUUCAGGGCUUUUUCAAACGCACAGUGCAGAACAAAAAGAAGUACGGCUGCAACGCGGAGGGGAAAUGCGUGGUGGACAAGACGUGUCGGAAGCGAUGUCCGUAUUGUCGGUUCGAGAAGUGUGUAGCCAAGGGGAUGAAGGUCGAAGGUAAGGCUUUGAUUUGAGUGAUUUAGCCCAACUUUUUUUGCUUAUCUGAUCUCGCCGAGAACGAACAUGAUUAAUGAGUUUGCCAUUUACGGCGUUCUUAUCGGCGAUUUGCGUACGGUAUAUUCAAAUUUGUCGUUUUCUUGAUCAAGAGAAGCAAAAAAUCUUUUUUCAUAAAAAAUAGAUAAAAACACAAAGGUGCUUCAAGUCCAAUAUGCAUAUGGCCACAGGUGUUUUCGAGUUUUUUACGCACUCUAGCUGUAGCUUUGGCAAGGCAUACCUUAGGCCCAUUAAAAGACUUGCAAUUUUGAUUCUGGCGCCCACUUCCCAUAUACCGUAGGCCGGCGGGGUCGUUAAAGCCGAUGCCAGAAAAACGAGCCUCCCUUGAGUUCUUUUCUCAACGUUUUUUUCAGCCGUUCCUUUUUUGGGUCUCACUGAAAAAGCGAAAUGCGAUUUUUUUUGCGUUUUUAUUGAUGGCCCCAGUGAAAAACCGGAUUUUCGGAGGUGUUUGAAAAAUUUGUAUGCUUUAUAUAGAGGUAAUCGGUGGGUAAAUGGGUGAGGCAACCGGUUAUUGGCAACUUGGGAUGGCUCAAUUGAAAGUUUGAUUGCUUUCAAUUUCCUUAUGACACAGUGAAAUCUCUGUGUAAUGGAUUUUAAAAGGCCGAGAUGCUGUUGUCAUCAAUGCCUUUCUUUGGUCAUUUCUAUUGACGUUUCCCAUCAAGACCCCACCAAUUUCCGAUCGGAUCUCUUUCCAACUAAAGGGGGAGAUUUAAAUCGGCGGUUUUAUAACCAACUAACUGACGGGUCGGUUGCAAAUUGCGCAAUAUACAGUUUAUUAUGGUCGGGCGGCUCAAGGAGGCGCCGCUUUGUUUAGGGCUUGAUGGGUCCGUAUAUAGGGUUUAUAGGAUGGCCAUCUAUACGAUGAUUAGACCAUGCGUAGGCUGAGGUCCUGAGAUUUAAAUACUUACAGUACCUUUUUAUUGGUCGUCAUUGUCGCCACAACAAUUAAACAUUUUACCUCGAAAAACCAAGAACAAUAUGGAAAUUUGUUGUCAACAAAACUUUUACGCUCCCGUCGAACGCAAUUAAGCGCUGACCCGUUCAGUGGGGACCCUCUAAUCCCGCGCGUAUGCUAAUUUCAUCCAGUCUUAUUCAAAUCAGGGAUACGUUGGGGGGUCUUGAAUGGAUAAGGAAUACAAAAGAAUGUCUUACAAAAGGUUCGCGGGCUGAUCCGCUGAACCGUAAAGAGGAUAAGGUCAAUAGGAGAGCAUGGAAACGCCGUUGACAGUAUGCAAAUUAAAACUUAAUUUUUUGAAGAAACGUGGCUUUUCCAAAGAUUGCAUAAAACAAAAACAUACAAAUCACAAUCUCAACAACAAAAUUUCAGCUGUCCGAGAAGAUCGAAUGAGAGGUGGCCGAAAUAAGUUCGGUUCAUUUUACAAACAAGAUCGUGCCCAACGCCGUCUUCAAGAGCCUCAGCGAACUCAGCCCACACAUCAACAAUAUCAGAACAUGUAUAAUGGCGUCAUUGCGGAUCAAAACGUCUCCAGCAGGUAAAUUUUUGCGCACCAAAAAGAGGAAAUUUCCGAAUUCUUUUGGUUUUGCGGACGAAUCUGAGACUUUUCACCUGAUCCUCACAACUUUUUUGGCUCCUCACCGUAUCCCUCUCACUUUGCACACCCAUUCCUCUCACUUGAUCCAUGGGUAUUGUUGUAGUCGCAGGUCGGCGGGCCUGUAAUUACGCAUCCCGCUCUCGGCGAAACAUUUGUUUAUCCCUCGGCACAAAAACAAGAAAUGAAAGUGCGCCAGUUUUCGCGCACUCAUCUUUCGCAUGCCGCCGCUCUCGAGAGUAUUAUCUACGGAGGUAUUGGAAGUUGGCGGUGGCGAAAGGGACGUGCUAAUUAGGCGUCACUCCAAUCUCCGGUGUUGGAUUAUAAGGCCGCAAAAGGGGCGAAGAGAGGGACAAAAUGGGGGGAUUGGGCUCGGAUAUCGAUCAUGAAAAGUUCAGGAAAAAAUGUAUGUAAAAGAACACAAAAAAUUGAACAUUGCGAAAAACUCUAUACAAGUAUAAUAACUCUGAACUUCGAAAAGACAGAAAUUGCAAACAAUAAGUCAAUUUUUCAGUACUCCCGACUGCUAUUUCGACAACCGCCUGAAAGUCAGCACUUAUGACGCAAUGUUGCAAAGUCCCACGCUUUCGUCGACCAACAAUUUCAACGACUUCCGUUAUGCCAUGCAUCAAGAGAGUUUGGCCGCCAUCCUCAGCUCUUCGAUGGACGAGCACGCUCAAAUGAAUAUGCGUUUUCAAACCCCCAUUACGACGGCCAAUUCGAACUCAGUCAAGUCCGAGCCCUUUGACGGCCCCUAUUUGGCAAGCGCCUCGGGCCAUCUUGCCCCACAAGGCAACCCAUUGGCUGCCGAACCACCCUAUCAUCUCGUUCAUCCCACGGAUUACAGCACAACCGCAGCGGCGGUUGCGGCGGCCGCUUAUCAGCCAAUGCUGCCGAUGACUUCCCUGAACCACCAACAAUUCUUGGGAGAGAAUCAGAUGCCGUUGUGCCUGCCCCCUUCCGAAACGGCGAUCGCUGAAGGAUAUUACAGCGGGAAUAGUGGGCGAAUGUUCCAGGAGAUGAUCAACGCCGUCGAGAAUCAUCGUGCUGCGAUGUUGUCGCUGGAGAAGGCGAAAAAAGACAGUGCCGAUGCCUUCGAUUUCUUGAUCUUGGCCGCCGAAGAGCACCUGAGCGAGGUGGUCAACUGGGCCAAGAGCAUCAGGAAAUUCAACGAUCUGUCGGUAGGCCAAUAUCCUUUAUGUUCCGUUUUAAUUUAUUCAUAAUACAGACUAACAACCAAUCUUUCAGACGAGCGACCAACAGAAUUCGAUCAGCAUGUCGUGGCCAUUGAUCCAUAUUAUCAACUUUACCUUCAACUAUGUGAAAGGCAAGAUCCCUACGAGUUACAGACUGAGCAACGGCACUGAGUAAGUUGAAUUUCAAAAACAAAUUCAUGUAUUGCGAAUGUCCUGAAAGCAAUCCGAUGUUUUCAGAGUCCCAGUUGUCUACGUGGCCCUUCUCGGAUGUUCGGAGCUGGAGCCGGAAUGGAAGGAGCUCUGCGAGCAGGUGAAACGCUUCGACGACUACGACUACACCGCCCUCUUGUGCAUGGCCCUCUUCUCGGCCCCACAACAAAAAACCACCGCUGCGGUGUACUCGGAGAUUUGCUGCGCGUGGAAUUCGUUUAAUCAUCAUAAUCUGCCAAUGAUGGAGAUCCUUAUCCAGUUGAAGUAAGUUUAAGCUAUUUUAGGCGCAUUGGUCUCUACGAAACCUUUAUUUUGAUCCCUUCAUGGGCUAUAGGGUUAGGGUUUACUUGCUCCCUCAUCUUAUUUAGGACCAUUUUAAGGGGAAAGAACAAGGCUCCUGACCUGUGACCCCCAUGCGGAUAUUUUUUUACGCUCAUUCCAAAAAGCCUCUUAUAGCCGGGAUGGCCUUUAAUUAUCCGAGAUUUUUUAGUUCGCGACCUGUCGAAUGCACUGUGGGAGUCCUAUUCCCAAAAAACUUGGGUCCGCUAAUUAAAACUUGGCUAUCGGCCUUGUAAUUAUGCUUCGGAACGGCUAUAAUGGCUUUUUGGGGAAAUUCUGAAAAACAACCAUAGCAUUGCUAGAGUGAUUCAUCAGAAUAAGAGUCAAUUUUGGAUCUAAUCUGUCAUUUUCAGCGCAAUGGCAAACCGAGCUCAGGGCUACUUUAUUCACUCCGCACAAUCGUCAAACAUCCCCUUGCCCAAUUUGUUGAACGAUAUUCAUUGCCCACCACAACAAUAUUACUACCCCACGAUGGCUUAA